CUGAAAGGACCACAUAACGUCUGGUGCAGCAAAGAGGUUCUCCUUCUGCAAGGCAUUUGCUGGACUCCUGAAAAUUUAUUUUGAUUAACAUGGCAGAGAAGGAUUUCAUCAGUUGGCAUCUACUGGCUUUAUUUUUUCUUCCAUUUUGCCUGUGUCAAGAUGAAUACAUGGAGGUGAGCAGAAGAUCUUAUAAACCAGUGGCCAAAAUAUUGCAAAGUCACCACCAGACUGGUCACAAAGGUUCCAGAAGCAGGGAAAUAUUGAAACAGCGGAAUCAACUAAUAGAGUGGACUGUUGAUAAUAGCACAUCUACAGACCAUAAUGUCCUGAGACCAGAGGUAGAUGAUGUAGAACUGACUACCUCAGAUAGAGUCCAGCCCCCCCAGCCCGGACCGCAGAAUCCAGACUGCAGUUCCUGCUGCCGAGGUGACUUUGGAGUUCGACUCUACCAAGGGCCCCCAGGACCUCCUGGGCCCCCUGGGAUGCCAGGAAAUCAUGGAAACAAUGGAAAUAAUGGAGCAACUGGCCAGGAAGGAGCUAAAGGUGAGAAAGGAGACAAAGGAGAUAUGGGACCAAGAGGAGAGCGUGGCCAUCAUGGACCCAAAGGCGAGAAGGGUUACCCUGGGAUUCCCCCAGAGCUACAGGUUGCGUUCAUGGCUUCAAUGGCUACUCACUUCAGCAACCAGAACAGUGGGAUUAUCUUCAGUAGCGUUGAAACCAAUGUUGGGAAUUUUUUUGAUGUCAUGACUGGGAGAUUUGGUGCUCCAGUGAAUGGCGUGUAUUUCUUUACUUUCAAUAUGAUGAAACAUGAAGAUGUGGAGGAAGUGUACGUGUACUUGAUGCAUAAUGGUAAUACAGUGUUCAGCUUAUAUAGCUAUGAAUCCAAAGGGAAAGCAGAUACUUCAGGAAACAGCGCAGUCCUAAAACUCGCCAAGGGAGAUGAAGUUUGGCUACGAAUGGGAAAUGGAGCCCUCCACGGAGACCAUCAACGCUUCUCCACCUUUGCUGGGUUUCUUCUUUUUGAAACUAAGUAAAAAGAGGAAACAACCCAAUAGAUGUUUAUCUGAAGAAACACCUUUUUUGGAACUGGUAUAUUUCACUGGACCGUGAAAUAACAUUAUAAUAUUGGAGGAUCAAGAAGCCUUGUUUUGAUGCAAUGUGCUGCUACUUGUGUAUCAGAGAUGAAUACAUUAGGUAGCUGACACAGAUUCACAGAGUAUGUAUUGUCAUCUGGGUUGCACCUACUUAAUCAUUAAAUGUUACUAUUGUUCUUUUCCCCAAAAGUGAAUGAAAAAUAAAGGAAAAUGAGUUUAGAGAAUUUAAAGAGCAGUUUACGCAAAGUCAAUUUAAUCUCUAAAUAUAUUUUAGUUAAAUUUAUGUCAGGAACUGAACAACUGAUGCAAAAUUUUUGGAUCAUUUAUUCAGUUCUUCUUACAUGUUCAUUUAAGUUUGCAUCAUGGAAAUAGGCCUGAAUGUAUAAUCAGCAGGCUCAGGUGAGACCAGAUCUAAAGGAAAAAGUCUGUACUCGAUUUGAAUGAGCUCAAAUAGAUGAAAAAAAUGUGAAAAUAUAAAUGUCAAGGAUUCAGGUUUAUUGCAUUCCCAUUCCAAACCUCUGAAGAUGUAUCUGGUGUAAUUUUCCACAGAUUUUUAGCACAUAUUUAUGCUUAGUCUCUCUCUCUCUUAGAAGAGUGUCAGUAGUUCUUGCCUUAGUAGCAGCUUGAAGCUAAGGUAAUUUAGUUUGCAGUGUGAAGGGGAUCAGGCAGGGGAACUGUAAUGUUUCCCCCUAGCCUUAGAAUCUUUAAAACCUGAUGUAAACCAAUGCCGGGUAUCAAAGCAAAUGCAUAUACACUAGAGAAAUCAGGAUACACCAACAGCACAGAGACACAGAGACUUUGUGGUGUUUGGAGCUCCUUCAGAAGGAUGUAAUACUGUGGAUAAUACUGAAGGAUAAUACUGUGUAUUUACUUAACAGUGAAGUUGCUGAAACAGUUUUCCAAGCAGCCUUCCAAGAAUCAGUAUUUCAGGAAAAGCCAUUGCAAAGCAGCAGCUAAGCCAGUUCAGUAUUUAAACCGGUGAAAGCAAAUGUUAGCUGGCUUAGUAGUUCAGGUCCCAAUACACUGGGCCACUCUUCAGCAUUCAUGUCACCGGCUUUUCAAAAUUUCAAAAUUUUAUUUGAAAAUAUUUAUUUGAAAUUAUUUUAUACUGAAUACAGGUAUCAGUAGCACAACAAUAGAACAAAUGAAUCAAAAUCUGCCCUAUGAAUUUGUAUGUCCUUGUACACAUUCCUAGUGUAUGUAACCACAUCUUAUGAAGAAAAAUGCAUGUUGAUACUUGAUGAUUAUGAUGUGAUUUUUUAGUUUUAUGCAUCAACCACUGAAAAUAUUAGCUUUAAUGAGCUGUUGUCUGAUGAGUUUUUAUCAUUUCUUUUUGAACUUGGAUCAGGUCUGCACCACAAAGGUUUUCAAAACCUGAGACCACGUUAUUUUGUU